GAUGUGGGACAUUGUGUCCUCUCACAUCACCACUUUUUCUCUAACAUCCCGCCCUCACGUAGUAUCGUGUCGUCUUACACGAGCAACGUGACCUAACCCAAUCAACGGGACCACUUGUGUACACACACUUAAUCACACCUGCCCUCACUUUGAAGUCCCGACAUCGGACACAACGGGUGUCUGCUCGAGACGCACGCUAUGCUUACACUCGAGCCAACAGGUCGUAUAGAUGACCACAUGCACCUUACACCGCACAAAGGGCAGCCUUACACGCCCAGGAUUAUAAUCCCUUUGAUACCAGUUGGAUAAAUUUUUAAAUAAAAAUGGACUUAAAUCAGACUCGAGCCCAUAUGCAACCCAAAAGUUUAAAUCUAUGGAUUACUGGGCCUUUGUCUUUUAUAAACUUUUCCAUUUUUUUCUUUUCAACCGAUGUGAGACAUUGUGUUCUCUCGCAUCACUACUUUUUCUCCAACAGUUAUCAAUGUGACAGCUACCAAGUAAACCUGCACGUUGGAUGUGCAGCUGCAACUCUCCCUCCUCCUGAAGCAGAGCACAAGGACGAGCAAGAGGACGAGGAGAAGAUAAUUCAACACUUUGCUCACGACCAUCCUCUUGCAUCCUUCCACGUGAACGCACCAAAUUGUAUCCGUUGCAAGGCAUGCAAAUGGGGGAUCUCUGGUCGCGUUUAUGGUUGCCGUGCCUGCAUAUUCGUUCUGCACGAAUCAUGCGCUCUGGCACCCCGAGAGAUAAUGAAUCAUCCAUUCCAUCCACAGCACCAGCUUGUUAGCGGGGAUCUCAAGGUUUUGGUUAGAUGCAAAAUCUGCAAGAGUGGCUGUUACUUUGCAUACAGCUGCAAUGAAUGUGGUUUCAUUCUCGAUGACAAAUGUGCUGUUUCCAUUGUGCAUCCUCCUCCUCGUGAUCAUGAUCAGAGUCGUGGCACAGACGAUAGGCGAGAUCAGAUCCAUCAUUUUUCCCACCCCCACCAACUGACAUCUUUUCAUGCCAAAAGGGAGCUUCAAGCCAGCUGCAACAUCUGCUGGAAGAAGAUAUCGGGUGAUUUUUACUGUUGCCCUGGCUGCCGUUUUCUGCUCCACCAAUCGUGCGCCGAAUUGGCCCAAGAGAUUGUGCACCCUCUUCAUCCGGACCGCACUCUCAUUUACCAUCCAGGUCUUCGUGAAUCUCGUUAUUGCUCUUUCUGCUCUGGUUGUGUCCAUAUUGGAUUCAACUGCGAAGAGUGUCUCUUUGGCCUGCAUGUGGGAUGUGCUCUCCGAACUCUCUCUGCCACGAAAGAGGAAUUAACUCUUAACAGUGAGCUUCUCCAUAAACACCCCAUGACGCUUGAGUUUCUAACUGAGGGACAUCGUCAUGACCCAGGCGGUAUUGUCUGCUGCGAGUGCCCUGCUGAAGGUCUAGUUUACGUCUGUACUGAUAAUUAUUGCCACAUGAUGAUCCAUAAAACAUGUGCCGGGCUACCACGUGAAUCAGAACACCCUAUUCACCCAGGGCAUCCUCUCCUUCUUUCUUCUGAGCCACUAGACAAAUCCAAUCCUUGCUUUGCAUGUCUGGAAAGCUCUCGGAAAUUCACCUAUUACUGUGAUUAUUGUAAGAUCCAGUUCCAUGCGCAUUGUGCUAUGAGGAGGCUGACUCUAAAACAUCCGCGUCACGAGCACAGCCUAUCCUAUUUCGAAAGGAUAGGCCACGAACUCUACAGGGCACAAUGCAAUGUGUGUUACGAUGACUGCAGGAUUGACUUCUAUCGCUGUGUUCCGUGCAACAUGAAUUCACUUUUAUCAUUAUGAGGAGCAAUACUGCGAUGUGUGUGAGACACUCAGGCACCCAGAACAUGGUGUUUAUUAUUGCGAGGCGUGUAAUUAUGAUGCUCAUAUCGACUGCGUCAUCCCCAAGCUCCAGGUAGAUCCCGAGAAAAGUAGACAAAUGGAAGACUUUACGCUCAAGCAACUGGAUGGACAAAUUUCCCGUCAAGAAGGAGAAAUAGAGGCACUCAACAAAAAAUUGGAAAGUUAAAUGAAAAUUCUGGAGGAAUUUAAGAAAAAAAAGACAAGAGAUAUCAAGCUCUCGGGUGCAACAGGAAGCAGAGUCGGACCGGGGAUGAUCAUGGAGUCUCGUAAUGCAUUCAUUGGUCAAAGUAGAUUUUAUUUUCACUAUGUACGUCUGUUAGCGAAUCUUAUUCUGUGCUUGUUAUUCUGAUUAUGACAUGAAAUUACUUCUUGUGGACAUAAUUAUUGAAAAUAAAGUGUUCAAGUACUUCUGAAAAGUCAAUUGCGUGAUCUGCAUUUCAGUCAAUUGCGUGAUCUGCAGUUUCAUGAGUUCCUAUGCACUUUCUUUACUUGUCCAUAUAUUCGUUAGCCACUGCAGAUUGUCUGCCAUGAGCUCGGAUGAAUAGGGAAGGAGCCUAGGAGGUCAAGAAGGGGAAUGUGUUGAGUUAUGAAGCCUGAAGUACUGUGAUUUCAGAUCGAGAGCGGCGAUCCAACUCAGUCCAUGUUUUGUUCUGUUUUUUUAGUUCGGCCCAUUAGUGAUGUAAUUAGGGUGAUUCCAUUUAUAAGUAACAGCUUCUAUCUCUUGUAACCCUAACUCAAAGAAAAAGUAAUAGAAUACUUGGCUUGGCGGCGCCCCCAGACGUAAUCAGAAUUUA